AGCCGCCUAUCACGGUGACCGCUCUCUCGGGCUUGGAAAGCGAGCCUCUGCAAGCGUUGAUGGAGGUGGUAACGGCGCGGCCAAUAGGAGCAAAGGCAGGACCCACCGUGCGUGUUCUGCUCGGGAGCGCAAAUGCGAGAACGUUCUGCGCCUUUUUCAAGAAAUCGGGUUCAACAAAGGAGCAGAUACGUGUGGAAGCCAGCUCGGCUGCCAAGCCAAGGACCAAUCGUCCCCGGAAGCAGCGUCGCGCCUUGGCCGCGGGCGUUCACCACGAACUUGCAAAUGGGGGGGAUUUUGUGCACACAAACGCCUAG